GCGUAUUCCCACUCCACACCACAUUAUCAUCACGUGACUAUGUCCCGAGAUUGCCUUUCCGCAGCUCAGCUUCUUCACCUCCGCACUCACUCAUCUCUCUACUCCAAAUCCCAAAUCCCCUCUCAUCACCCGCAAUGUCCCUCCCAACCCUCGCGCGUACUCUGCGCAUGACGGCGCCCACAAAACCCACAUCCCUAACGCGUCUCCCCACACCCACCACCUUCAACAUCGCGCGCACCUUCACCACAACCCGCCACCACCAAGCAACCCAACCAUCAGCAGCACGCACGAGACCCAACAAUUCUACCUUCAACAACAACAACAGCAGCAGCAGCAGCAGCAGCAGCACAAAGUCCUCCUCCCCACCCGAGAACAACACCACCACCACCUCCCCAAAUGCCCCCCAACAAACCCCCCCAAACCCGCCCCAAAAAAUCACCCCCAACCUAACAACCUCGGGGCUACACGACCAGCCGCCCUCCCCGCUCCCCACCCCCACCGACUCGCCGCACCAGUCAACGGAAGACCGAAUCGACUGGACGCGCUCCUUCCACGGCCUGUCCGCGGAGCCCUUCCCCAAAGAAGCCGCCGACAUCCUCCUGGCCCCGACCGACCCUGAGGAAGUGGAGAUCAAGCCGGACGGGAUCCUGUACCUGCCGGAGAUCAAAUACCGCCGGAUCCUGAACCGGGCGUUCGGACCGGGCGGGUGGGGGCUCGUGCCGCGGAGCGAGAGCAUCGUGACCCCCAAGAUGGUGACGCGGGAGUAUGCGUUGGUGUGUCAUGGGCGUCUCGUUUCCGUCGCCCGCGGCGAACAGGAUUACUUCUCGCCGGACGGAAUCCCCACGGCCACGGAGGGGUGCCGCUCCAACGCCCUGGUGCGCUGCUGCAAGGAUCUGGGCAUCGCCAGCGAGCUCUGGGAUCCCCGGUGGAUCCGCAAGUACAAGGCCCAGUACACCCGCGAGGCCUUCGUCGAGCACGUGGUCAACAAGCGCAAGUCCAAGAUCUGGGUCCGCAAGGACGAUGAGGUCUCGUACCCUUGGAAGGAGACGAAAUAGGUUCGUUGUUCCUUGUUUUCGGCACUGAAAGGUGUCUCCUCUUCUCGUGUUCUCGGAGUUUGGGGGGCUGUAUGUAUUAUGGACUGUACAAUAGACUCACGGAUGGGGAGCUAAAAGAAGAAAUCGGGUGAAGGUUACAAUAUCUCUUCAGAUGGUAUUAUCAUACUAUCUACCUGCGUAAACUACAUCGGUUCUUGGCAAAUCCACAUAACAUAUCAGCUAAAGUCAGUCUUUUGCUUCUUGGGGAAUAGAUCUUUGAUAAUAAUACAGAAUUCACGCCA